GCUUCAUCCCUCGCUAUCGUCCUUAACACGCAUCAUGGCUGCUGCCACCCUCACCAGAGACUCGUUCCACAUGUUCCCCAACCAGGAGACCCCGUCGAGCUCCCCCGUCCUCAGCGCAGAGGCGCACGCGGAUCUCCAGCGCUACGGAGAAAAGAGCGCACGCUUGCUCGAGUGGUCGCGCGUUUGGCUCGAGCCCGCCAUGCCUCGCAUUCGAGCGCUGUGGGAGAACUUCAAUGCCGCCGACCCGCGCCUUCACGAGAUCGUCGCCUUCUCGAACGAGCUCUCAGACUUCAAGUGGAUAAUCGACAGCCGUUGUAUGCCAGAGGCGGUCCAGAAGCAACUCGACGAGAGAGCAGAAUCGGCCGUGCGCGAGGUCAACGCGUACUGGAAUGCGUACUACGACUACAUGGAGGAGUGCGAGCCGCGUGCCAUCGACCUAUCCGACCCCUCCGUCGUCUCCGCUGUGAAGGCCUGGUUCAAGCAGAUGCGAAUCUGCUUUGAUUCCAUGCUCGCGAUGUUUGGCGCCUCGGCCUUUGUCGAGAUGCAGCGGAGGCUUGGGUUCGCCGAGGGGUGGUUUGAUCUCGACGGCGAACGGUACUGGCGUAUCAUCCUCACGGGCUUGGUGCGUUACCUGCAGAACGGCGAAAAAAGCGAGUGGCCUUCGACUGCCGCUCAGACGAUCGACGGCGGGAGCGUUCGUUACCAACUGAGCAUAGACUUCGUGACCUUGGUGAUGCCACCCGAAAGAUAUCGCAUCGACUUGGAUUGUGUUAUGGAUCCUGUCACCCUUGGCGGAGUAGUCGGCAGCGAAACUUACGAAGCUUACUACGACAAGAAGCUGUCUGAGCAGGAGCGGACACAGAUCUUUGCGCAAAAUCUGACCAUUGCGAUAUACCAUGCCAUACGAUGUGAUGGUGUGGAGGACUCAAGGUCAAGGGACAUGAUGGGAGUCCAGGCAGUGUCGACUUUCUUAGACUUCUGGUCUCUUCUUCCUAAGGCAGGGAAGAAUGUGUAAAAAUUAUAGAUACCCACGUAAUGUAGCAACAACGACGCGAACUUCGCCGAUUGUGGCCGCGCAA